AUGAAAAUCAACCAACAGCUCAGGUUUAUUGUCAUCAACAAGCAGGCAAGCUCUCUCCACUCACUGAUCGCUGAUGGAAAAUAUCGCAACACUGCACUAGGUCGCAACACGUGGAAGAAGUUAAUCGGCUCACAAUCCUCCUUACAGGCCAACUGUAACAAGGAAGGCUUCAAUGCUGCAGGCAGUUCCAAAGGCUCUUCCAAAGCAAGAAUUGGUAUUCUUGGAAAUAAUCAAAAACACUGCGCGACCACUGAUUCCAGAAUCGGCUUUGGAACAGGAGGAUAUCAGGAUGACACCAUCACUUGUGGAAAUGAUGCAGCAAAAGGUCAGACAUCAGACAAUGGAGAGAAGCACAUCAAAGCUAUGGGAUAUAUCUUGGUGCAGUGACAAGGGAAUCGUUGAACCCUCCGUGACAUGUCUUUCGAGCAAUUCCCAGAGUGAACUCAAAUAUAUAGAUGUAGAUAUAGGGAUUAAAGCUAUUAAAAAAAAGUCGUUCAAAACUGAUCCCGUUUUACUGGUUUGGACUUUCGGUAGUUUACCGUUGUAAUCCAGCUUCUGAUCAAAUUCUUUUCCAACAAUUUUUGACGGUCAUGACUAUAUAGCUGUUUUACUGGAGGUUGGGAUUUGACAUGAAUUAAAAAAAUUGGCGCAAAAAGAAUAUUCCUUGUCAAUGACGUAAACACCUUUGUUAUAUGAUCCAGUGAAUAAUUCACAACAAAGCCUAAUGUCAUCCUAAACUACGAUUUGAGAUGAUGUUGACGGAAGAGGAAGAACUGACCCUUCAAAGCCCCUUUUGCAAUUUAUGAAAAGAGUAUAAGAUGUUUCUCCAAAACUCCUCAACGUUUCCUUUUAUUAAGAAUCCCCUUGAUUGAAGCAAAUGCAUUGUGAUCUUGGAUUACCAAGAAAUUGUAUCCGGACCAAUUUUGCACCCAUGAGGAGCGGUUCAACAAAAUCCAGCAGUGUUUGUGGGUUCCAAGAGCGUGUGGAACGCCUUCAUAAUUGUUAUGGCCUGCUAACACAAAGUGUCCGUUUUGUUAUUUUUAUUUGUUUUUUUGCCAGUUAAUUAACAGAAAUAUCCUAAAAAAAUUCUGCCUUUCAAUCUUGAUGCAAUAACCGAAAUCUUACGCGGGCUAUCAUAAGUCAGUAAAAGUGUUCAGACGAGAGUAAACGGCUGUGACGUUUUAGAUUCGCGGGUGUCUUGAGAAAUAUCCUAACAGAAGCAGUAAAGAUGAGUCAUGAGUUAUUCUGCGCUGACACUUACAGCGUUAACAGAAUUUCCAAUAGAAACUCCGUUAAAUCCAUGGCUGCCCCAAUUUUUCUGCAGCCAUGUUUCGCGUUCUCCCGAUACACUUGUCUAGAGAAAGGGCAUUUUAUAUUUGGAAUUGUUCAUUUGUUUGUAUUCCGGCGCUGUCAAAACAUAUCUUGUUUCUCUUACCGCAUGGUUAAUGAGUUUCUUCCAGCCUUGCUUACUCCUCUUCUGUUUUUCUUUCUGCGAAACACCUUUGUGAAUUUAUUCGGUUAUCGUAGAAAAGUCUGGUUUCAGGUCACUUGCUGCGUCCAACUGAAAGUGCAAAAAAUCUCCAGAACUUAGCGCAUGAAAAGGAAUGAGAAAGUUUCUUGAUCAGCAGAACAAAUUUGUUUCUAAAUACAUGUCUUAGUAACUAGUCUUUCAACUUACUCGUAUUGUGUAUAUUUUAAAUGCUCUAAAAUGUGUCAUAGGCGCCACUGACAACCGAGAUAGAAUGACACAUUCCUAUUUACAUCAGUAAGUUUACAAACUGGUUCACGGCUGCGACAAACAGAUGAGUUACUGACCGAUAAACUUUGUUUGGAAAAAAACAUUCCUCACCUGAUGUUGCAUAUUAAAGACCAUGAGGGCACUUGCUGUAUUCUGAUUUUCCCCAACCUGAGUUCACCGAGAGAUAAUAUGCAUGCGCAUCAUAGCCGUUCGCUGUAGAUUUUGUAAGGGAAUUUGAAGUUUCUAAGCGAGUAGUCAAUUUGCAAAUCAAUGAUUUAAGUUUACUUUAGUAGUAAAUAGUAACGAACUAUUUUACGAAAACUGCAAAAUAAAUCAUGCAUGUAUAUAUUUUUUAGAAAUAAUACAUAGACCAGAUAAAAGUUUCGACGAACUGGCUCUCUGCUUGAUCAUCUCGUAUACGAGUAACCAAUCCUAAGACCUAAGCUUAAACUAAAAGGACAAAAUCUCCUGAGCUAAAAGUAGACGGCAGAAAUGCAAUUAUAUUAUUUCGCUGUUGCAUUUUCAGUGUGCACAAAGAGCAGAUAACAGGCUUCCCUAGCUUAUUCAGUUGUUGAAAACUUUAAAAUCGACGGGGAUUAAGAAAAAUUUGAUUUACGAUCAAAACUGAGCGAGGCGAGCGAAAUUGCUUUUGGCACAUUUUUUUCCGCAGGAGUAAGACGUUGUGUGUUUGCUCUGACCCUAAGACUGAAUUACUAGUAAAGUAUUCUCUAAUUUACUCAGCCACGUAUAAGCAACCGAUAAAACAUAUUCUGGUUAUAUGAAACUUGAAGAAAAAUUGAGCGAAAGAAAUAACCUCUUCAAAAUUAUAGAAGCCAAGAUCUCGCCAGCGGCUCAAAUUUAGAACAAAGGUUAUUGGAUUGCUACCGACAGUAGGAAUAUUUUCGAGUCCGGUAAAUAUUUACUGAGACACAAUACACAGGGACACGGUUACACGCUUGCUACUCAUAAGAGGGCUGGACAGAACAUUCACAAAGUCUUCCUAUUUGUAAAAAACUAUGACAACUGUAUUCCGUCAAGUUUGUAUCACUGCUACAUUCAUUUUGCUGACCGUGAAUAGCGACAAAUCCCCUUCCCCUAGCUUUCACCAAACUAUACGACCAAAUGAUGGCCUGUAAUCCUAUUUGUAACAUGAUUCAAGACUCGGACUGACAGGAGAAUAAAUUACCUAAUGGAACACACCCUUCCCCAACAUAUGCCUCGGCAUGAAGAUCAGCCCAGAGCAAGAGUUGGUAUUCUCGGAAAUAAUGCAAAAGACUGCACAAGCACUGAUUCUAGAAUCGGCUUUGGAGCGAGAGGAAACCAUGAUGACAAUAGAACAUGCGAAGGUGUUGUUUAGUUCAAAGUAGAGAUGGAAAUCAUUUUUGUCGGUGGUUUCGAUCUUAGACUAGGCAAAAUUUGAUUAUUAAACGUAGUGGUCUGGCAGAUUACAACUCAGAAAUGUUCAAAGCUAUAAAACCGACACACAGAGCUGUUGAUUGUCCUAAUCAUCAUAUCUUUUGCUUCACCACCUUCUUGUCCCGACUCUCGUACUGUCCCCAAUAUUCAUUUUAGAGCAUUGACGGAUUAAUUAACCCUUUAACUCCCAAAAGAGAAUUUCUCCUUACAAUAUCAAUACAAUAUCAAGCAUAGAAGUGAGGAGAAUAAAGAAAAAUAUCAAUUCGGGAUUAUUAGUUAAACACCGUUGGCACUUUUAAGAUUCGUGCGUGUCUCAGAAAAAUAUCUUAACAGAAGCAGGAAAUACGGGCAUUUGUAAAACUGUUCUAAUGAGUAAAAUCUAAAAUCCAAGCUUUCGCCGAUCAACGGCAUCAUCAGGGAUGUAAUCAUUAGAACAGUUUUGUUUUAAUUAUGCUGCUGAAGGACAACAUGAACAGAUUACGGGCAUUUCUAUUUACAUAACCUAAUCUAAAAACUAGAAAAGGUUUUAAAAAAAAACACUUUUCGAUAGAAAAUCCAUAAAAUCCAUGACAGUCCUUCCAGUUUAUAAUACAGAUGUUUCAAAUUCUCCCUGCUCAAUCAUCUUGAGCCAGAACGGAAAAAAGACUAUAAAUUUAAGACUAUAAAAGUAUUCAAUUUAUUCAUAUUUGCCAGAGUUCAUUUGUUUGUAUUUUGGCGCUGUAACACCUUCAUCUUGUGUUUUUUGUCUCCACGUAGUUAAUAAGUUUCUUUUAUUCUUGCUCACCACUUUUUUAUUAGAAUUUCUGCCAAUUCCCGCCUGUGAUUUUUUUUCGGUUACUGUAAAGAAGUCUGAUUCCAAGAAUCUCGCUGCUUGCGUCUUACUGAAAGUGUUUUCAUGAUGAAACUGCAAACUUAAAACAAGAAAAACGUGGAGAACUUGGCUGAUAACCCAAUCAGCAAGUACAUGAAAGUUUUUUAUGCAAUACAUAUUGUAGUGACUACUCUAUAAUGUUCAGAAAUACUUUAAGACGCUACUAACAGCUGAUAGCAUUAGUGUCACAGUUGUAUGUACACAAAUAAGUUUACAGACCAAUUCACGUCGGCGACGAACAGAUGUGUUAUUUACUGUCCAAGUUUUGUUUGAAUUAAGAAAAAUGUGCCCUAUGUUUGAAAUUUCGCCUCAUGUCGCAUACCCAAGACCAUGAGGCUACUUUACCCUUAUGCAGAGCCCAAGAACCCACAUGUGAUAUACAUAUGGAUACGCUUCUUAGCCGUGUAGUGUACAUUUCUUAUAGAAAUUUACUUGUCAUCGACUCAGAGGGCGCUAAGUCGAUGAAUACAUUUACAAAUCAAUGGUUAAGUUUACUUAAAUUGUAAAUAGUAAGAGCCUAUUUUAUGAAUACCGUGCAAGAAAUAGUCUUGACGAUUCAAGGAUUAUAUUCCAGAGUCCAAUGCCAAAGAUAUUUUUCGAUGAAUUUGCUCCUUAAAUAGUCGUUUCGCAUGCUAAUAGGCAUCCCUCAGAACUAAGGUUAGAAAUAACGAAACACAAUCGGCGAGGCUGAGAAGUGACGAUGAAAAUAAAAUAAACAUUAGCUUUCAAUCCGCAUCAGGAAUUAAAAAAGGCUUCCUUUGCGUGCUCAACCCUUAAAAGCUCUGAUGUCGAUUUGAUAUGAAGAUCGAAACUGAACCGAGCAUACGAAAUUGCAACUGGAAUAAACUUUUUCAGAAGGAACGGGUUGUCUGUUUUCUUUGCACUGGCUCACUAGUAAACUAUUUAAUUUACCCAGUCGGGCAAUAAGCAUGCCAUGUUAAUAAACUUUGGUACAUUAUGAAAUAAGAUGGAAAAAAAACUAAAUCGAACCAAAAAAAACUUCGCCAAAGUUAUGAAAGCUAAACAUUGAUCAUGGGCUUAAAACUCGGAACAGGGUUAUUGGAUAGCCGCCAACAGCAAGAAUAUUUUCGAGUCAGGUAAACAUUUGCUGAGACACGUACACAUAAACAAGGUUACAAGCUAGAUACUCAUAACAGACAAAAGAUUCACAGAGUUCUCUUAAUUUCAUAAAGCUACGACAACUCGUCAAAAUGAGUGAGCUCCUCCAAGUUUUUAUCACCGCUGCGUUCCUUUUGCUGACCGUAAAUGGAGACAAAUCCUCUUCCCCAGCUUGCGCCAAGCCAUACGACCAAAUGAUGGCAUGUAAUCUUAUCUGUAACAUGAUUCAAGACUCGGACGCCAACGAUGCAAUGAAAAUGUUACAAACCAAACUCGAAGGUCUUAUUGCAGCGAUGAAGAAUCGUUCUCCUCCACUGCCAGGUAGUCCAACCAAACUGAAAUAUUUUAGGUAUCUCGCGUAGCAACUCGCUCUAUUGAUUUGAUGGUUGAAACAACGUGUGCGAUUGUUUCAAAAGCCACACAAACGGUGCUCGUUUUUGUUUUAAAACCCUGCUUUCUAUUCUUCGUAAGUCGGAUUAAGCGUUUUAGAAUAAUAAAAGCUAUUUUAAAAAUAUUAACCUGCGCUGUUCUUUUCAUCUCACCAGCCUCUUCUUGCAAGGAACACUACGAAAAAUACAAGUAAAUGAAUAGUGAUACAAUCAUAACAAAAUUACUACAAAUAUAUCCUGUAUUGUUAUAUUUAAGAAAAGUUGAUCUUUUUCAGGAGCUUCCUCUUCGUUUUUUACAAUGGCCAUAAUGAAUUUUGUGAACACUUGUAUUUCUGUUGUCCACAGGCGGACAAAGAGUCAAGUUUACCCUCUAAUAUUUGGUUCACAAAACAUUCCUGUUUACUGUCACAUGGGAAACUUUGGAUGUGGAGAUGGAGGAUGGACUUUGGCCAUGAAGAUUGACGGAAAGAAGGUAUGCUACUUUUCUAUCAAAGAAUACCACUGUUGUAAACUAUACACCACCAUAACUUUCCUUUUCUCAACAUUUCAGAAAACCUUUCAUUAUGAUUCCAAGUUUUGGAGCGACAAAAAUGUCUUCAACCUUCCCGGAGGAAAGACUGGCUUUGACUCAGAGGAGACCAAAUUACCGACCUACUGGAACACACCCUUCUCCAAGAUAUGCCUCGGUAUGAAAAUCAACCAACAGCUCAGGUUUAUUGUCAUCAACAAGCAGGCAAGCUCUCUCCACUCACUGAUCGCUGAUGGAAAAUACCGCAACACUGCACUGGAUCGCAACACGUGGAAGAAGUUGAUCGGCUCACAAUCCUCCUUACAGGCCAACUGUAACAAGGAAGGCUUCAAUGCUGCAGGCAGUUCCAAAGGCUAUUCUAAAGCAAGAAUUGGUAUGCUUGGAAAUAAUGAAAAAGACUGCGGAACCACUGAUUCUAGAAUCGGCUUUGGAACGGGAGGAUAUCAGGAUGACACCAUCACCUGUGGAAAUUAUGCAAUAAAAGGUCACACAUCGGACAAUGGAGAGAAGCACAUCAAAGCUAUGGGAUAUAUCUUGGUGCAGUGAUAAGGUUUAACCCUUCCUGACAUGGCCUUCGAACAAUGCCCAAAGUAAACUCAAAUAUGUAGAUGUAGCUCAAGGGG